UUUAGGUCAUCUCAAAAAACAUGAAGUCCUGAAAGGAAAUGUGUAUAAACGAUAUGAGCGUUUGGCAAAACUAAAAACUUGCAAAAAUGAGGUGAAUCAUUUUAACGUGCACGCAGUGGUAAUGAAGUGGCGCUUUUUUUUUUUCGAAAAUGGGAUUAUAUUAAAAGAGUUUUGUCUGUGUGCCAGACAGAGGGCGCCUUUCGCGCAAACAUGCAAAUCACCCUUAUGACGUCACCACAACGCAGCGCGCGCCAACAACACAAACGCGUUUUGUACACGAAGACCGGCGUGUAGUGCUCAGUCGAGACGCGAGUGGAAAACUCCCCCUUUUUCUUUUUGCAGAUAAUAUUCAGAGAUUUCUGACACGAUGUCACUGUGCGCCGGUAGUGAGAAGACAGCAGUCUUCAACCACCCUGACGACCUUGAAAAGUUGCACUGGACGCCGAAACGCCGAAGUGGAAAGAAAGUUGAGAGAGGGUGGCGAGCUCUGCUUUUCCACACGGACCCGAGCGACUUUUACCCGAUCGGCUAUCCCGAAGAGAAAUACCGCAGGCACGGCUGGCGGGAAAUUCUACCCAGUGACCAAAAUAGAGCAUCAAACAAGGCAAUCGGCCCUUGCCCAUUCCCAGCGCCCAUCCCAAUCUCAGUCUCGGCCAAAAAUACCCUUGGAUUCUCGAUAAAGAACAACAGACCAACAGCAGCUGCCAGGGCCACUGUCAAGGCCAAGGAAAAGGCCACUGCCAGAAAGUGCAAUCAAGAUUGGCCACCGGUAUCAAAACAGGUCAGGGAUGGUCUGGUGUUUGGAUUUAUCAGGCGUCUGUUUCGACGUCACAUAAACGAUGGGCCGCCGGGUAACAAGAUUGAUAACAAGUCGUCUGGGGACCAUGCUCCUAAGGAGACAACGGUCAAGAAGGCCAAAAAUCCCGGCAGCAAGAUGACGAAGAAAGACCGCUCCAAGAAAAUGGAAGUUGAGCCAGCCGCUGUAAUUGAAAAGUCUUGGUCAGACCAAGUCAAAGCAUCUACACUUGCCAUUAAUAAAGGGCGUGAACCGGGCAGUCAACCGAACGACCAAAAGGACCUGAUCCGCAGCGAACGACAACCAGGUGUGGACACGGUUGCUAUGCCGGAAGAUCAUCAGCUCAGUCUCCCUACCAUCAAGAAGUCUUGCCAAUACCAAGUUGCUGAAACUCACAAUGUGGUGAAAGCUCGGUUCAUCAUGGUGAAAGAGGCGCCAUCUUGCCACAACUUCCUCCCUGAGAAGAAGGUGCCUGCUGUCCCCCGUGCCCGACACCACAAAUCCUGUAAGCCAAGACGAGAAAUCUGCGACAUCGUCCUGGAGGACAUCGAGGAGUGUCCUAUGGUCGAAACAGACUAGUGAUCCCUCGAGAUGGAAAGCUUCGCAUGACCUCAUUAGUAGGUAAGACUGCUUCUAACAGGCUCACUGCUUCUAACAGAGCAUGCGCGCUGUCAAAUUCAUUUUCAACAGUUGACACUGAACAGCUUCUUGCAAGUUUUAACUUCAGUAUUAUUUUUCAGAUCAGUAACACAAAGCACCACGACGAUCGACUGAAAGGAAAGCGCAGCAUUCAAACACAAUGCCACCUAGACAAUCAGAAGGUGCAACAUCAGAAAUAGUGACACUGCAAGUACAGUCGCGCACACCGACACAAAUUGUUCACGAGUAAUGCCCUGUCCCGAACAAUCUCAAAAACCGUUGUCUUAAUUAAGACUCUCGGCCCAAACACACCAGGGCAGGACUGCUUGACAAUGUGGUAUAAGAAAGACUUAAAACUAUAUUAUACCUGGGAAUUCACGAUUUUCCCCUUGGAUAGCGGUAGCCAUGCGCCCGUAACAAAGUAGGCGUUUCAGCUUGGGGCACGCCAGCUGAUAGGAUAUCGAAACAUGGGAACUCAUUUUUGGGGACAUACAAUUUUAACGCAACAUAUAGCACCAUUUCAAAAAAAAUUACCGAAUUUAGACUUCAUUUAUACAUUUCGUGUAAAAUAGUCACGCGAUAGCUUUGCCUUGGGUAUUCUCCAGGCAAAUUAGCUAAAAAAUGCUUUUGAGGUGACCUUCAGCUUAUUCGCGCCAGUAUCCAGCUACGCCAUUAAUGUUACAUAAUCCAUGAUGGUGGUUUUUAUACACGUGCAGACUACGUCAAACAUUUAACGACCCCAUAUGUCCAGGGACAAGGGGCAUUAUUGCACGUGUUUUCAUAAUUUGUGUCUCAUUUUAAUUUCUCCUGGAUACUGCUAGAACAGCGCCAAUCCGAUGGAAGGAUACUAACCACGAGCUUACCUUUAUUUCUCGCCAUUUAUGCCUUUUGCUUCAAACGAGAAAUUGAAUUUUGCUUUUGAGCAAGUGCUUUUACUUCUGAUGGUACGACCAUGCGGAAGAUACAUGUAUUGGCAAUUCUAAUUGGGACAUUUGGCAAAGAGAAAGGUGUUCGUAUCUGUAGAACUGAUGGUCAUAUAUUAUAUAAGCGAAGGGAAAUUUGGCUGAUUCAAUGUUCAACCAUAGAAAUAAAUAAUAAUAUAUAAAUAAAAUAAUAAAAUAAAAUAAAUAAAUUGUUUCACCCAUUUAAGCAUAUAAAAUGCUCGGAAAUGAUUAUCGCGUAUUAAUGUUAAGGGACAAAAUUCAAUAUGAAUUAUCAAUGAUAAUUCACCGGUUUCAAUCACUUAAGCGUAACCAUUUAUAAAUAUCUGUGGAAAUGGUUAAAGUGUGCGAUAUGUGUAAAGGAAAAUAUGGAUCACUUAAUACGAAUAAUAAUCACCUUUUUCAUUCCUUUGAGCAAAUCAAAUCUAAUUAAAGCUAUGUAGGUAUACUUAUGUAUAAGCAAAAGUAUCAAACACUGUAUUAGAAUCUUGCGUUAGUUUUUGUUCCAAGAUGCCUUUAUAUUAUUGCUUUCUUGUACUUGUUUGUCGGAUGUGGGAAUUAUUAUAAUGGGACUAGGAAUAUUUUUCGCUUCUGUGUGCAAAUCUUUGAUGUCAUAAUGUGGAUACAUCACGAUCUACUUUAAUUAAAUCAUUUAUAUCAUAUUAAGUCAUUAUUGUAACCAUGUUGUGCAUUAGGAAAGUGUUAAUGACAUUAAAUUUAUUUCACAAUUUUUCAUUCUAUCAUUAAGUGACUGACUGAUAUUUUGAAAUUAAAAAUAAAGCUAUAUUUUAAAACAAUACCCCGGCAACGAGCAUAUUUUGUAACUUUUAAUGCUCGUUUGAUCAUAAGUGAAUGUAAAUCAGACAUUGUCGGUAUUAGGACAUGCUGUUUGAUCUUUUGGUGAAAUGAAUCGCAA